AUGGACGAGCUUACAGCCAUUAUUAACAACCUGGAGAAUCUGAAGGCCACAAAGCUGCAGGAGGCAGAAGAAGAGAUAUCUGCCCUGCUGUCUGAGUACCAGGAGAGAGUCAACCAGCUCAGUUCAGAGGUCGUCACCCUGAAACAGGAAGCCUCCUCAUCUCAGCAAGCCCUUGAAAAUUCCAUCAAGGAGCGGGAGGUGGAGAGAGAGCAGGCGGCUGCGGCAAUGAGAGGUCAGGACGAGGAGAACCGGAACAGGUUCAGGCUCCUCACUGACCAGAUCUCCACCCUGACUGAAAACAACGCUGACUCUGUGGCAAAGCUCGAAAGGUUGAGGACCGAAAUGACCCAAAAGGAGGCCGAGUGGACAGAAACAUGUCACGUCCUAGAAAGACUGCUCUGGGAUGAGGCUCUGGCCAAAGAGGAACUGCUGAAACAGUACAGAAUGUUAGAGGAGGGCUUCUUCACUGAGGAGGAGAAAUGGAUGGAGAUGAGCAAAGAUGAACAAGAAAAGUUGAACUCUCGGCUCAAGGAAAACGGCCUGCAGGAGGCAGAAGAAGAGAUAUCUGCCCUGCUGUCUGAGUACCAGGAGAGAGUCAACCAGCUCAGUUCAGAGGUCGUCACCCUGAAACAGGAAGCCUCCUCAUCUCAGCAAGCCCUUGAAAAUUCCAUCAAGGAGCGCGAGGUGGAGAGAGAGCAGGCGGCCGCGGCAAUGAGAGGUCAGGACGAGGAGAACCGGAACAGGUUCAGGCUCCUCACUGACCAGAUCUCCACCCUGACUGAAAACAACGUUGACUCUGUGGCAAAGCUCGAAAGGUUGAGGACCGAAAUGACCCAAAAGGAGGCUGAGUGGACAGAAAGAUGUCACGUCCUAGAAAGAGUGCUCUGGGAUGAGACUCUGGCCAAAGAGGAAAUGCUGAAACGGUGCAGAAAGGUAGAAGAGGGCUUCUUCACUCAGGAGGAGAAAUGGAUGGAGGCGUUAAACAACAGCACUGUAGAAAUCCAGGAUUUUCUCCAGAGGAUCAGUGAACUGGACCGGCUGGCCUCCAUGACGGACAGACAGAAGGCCAACAUGAAAAAAGCGGAGAAAAAAGUGACUGUUGCUCCAGAUGCGGUGGCUGACUUCACCGAGAAGAUGUCUUGGGGGUAUGUCGGUAUGAACAGGGCGUCUUUCAGCGUUGCUCUGCGCCUCUGUCCCUUGCUGUCGAUCAGGAACACCUCUGCGUCCCCUCUACGUUGA